CAUCCCGUCUAGAAGUGACACCAUCUCACACCCAGUAUACCGGCAUCGGCAUCACCAUCACCAUCAGCAUCACCAUCACAAUGCCUCCAUCGGACACGGCCACGCAGAACACUCCGCUCGCGCCGAGCGUGGAGAAGGCAUACUACCGCAAAUGCAUCGAGCUCAAGCGCCGCCUCAACGAAGUGGAAGCGGCCAACGACGAGAUGAAGAUCCGCCGCGUGCGCCUGGACCGCGCCAUCACCAAGAUGCGCCUCGAGCGCGCCUUCCUCCUCGAGCAACUCAGCAAGCGCAUGCACGGCGACAUCGACGGCAGUGAGGGCAGCGCGGAUGAAGGCAUGGCCACUCCUCCCCUCGAUCGGCCGCACAGGGACAAGCGGAGGCGGCAUCAUGCGCCUUCGGGAGGUUCCAUCGUACCUCCUCAACAGCCGGUGCCCAUUGCAGCAUAUCCGGGGCCGGCGUCUGCUCCACCCUUGCAACCAAGGCUGCUGCCCCUGGAUCCAAGCGCCGCAGCAGGUAGUCCACCCCUCGUGCCUGGUCCGGGCGGUGUCAUGGUCCCCGCGAACGCGGUGAACCAAGACGGCCAAUACAUCUACCUACCCUCGACUGACCAUCCACUGCAACAUCCAGCCGCACUGCCACCUCCACCGCUUGGACAUCUACCGUCCCAACACGAAAGUCCGUACGGUCCACCUACCGGUGUGCCGACGACAGCCCGAGCCCAUCUGAACGGCACUUCCACUGAAGAGCACGAGCCUCAACCCAACAUCAACCGUUCCGAAGCUGCCACAGGCGAAGCUCUCACGGCCGGACCCACCAUACGCGAGGAAGCGAGUGGUGAACGGAGAAUCGUUGCCGACUCCACACCUGCUGCUGCAGAGACAGACCGUAUGGACACUUCCGGCAGCGGCGGCGCAGGCGCAGGCUUCACAGCGGUAAACCGGUAGCAACGGCCGCGCAAACUCCAGCCAUAUGAAAUCCGCCAGCCCUUCGCCGUACACCCCAGCAUCUCGCCGCCAUCCUCGCUGGCCCGUCUCCUACACCCCGACAGUCCCUUCACGCGAGGGACACCAGCCGACUUCG